AAAUAAAAUUAUUUUUUAUUUGUUUUUUAAGCGGCCAUCUUUAAAUAUCUCAGGCUGCACUAUUUCGAGCCGGGAGCAGUUGUAUAGAAUACUAUUUUAAUAGACUUGUAUUAAUUUUUAAGGUUGAAGGAGCAUUUGUACAGACUCUGUCACUCUGGUUAAUGGAAGACACUAUUUACAAUCAUGAUAACGGAGAGAUCUACACGGACAGAACGUGGAAUUAUUAUAUCAUGGGCGCUAAAGACAUUCCCAACGAUUUCCGCGUGUAUCUGGCUCGGAAUAGGCCUAACCCCGUCGGUAUAUUGGGAUCAAAAGCAACUGGAGAGCCUCCGCUCUGCUUGAGCCACUGCGUGGUGGAUGCGCUACGCGUAGCGAUAGACGCGUCUCGGCAGGACAGCGGGUACGACACGGAACAUUUUCUCAAUAUUGGUAAGUAUUUGGAGAUCCUUAGGUAUUGUGCAGAAGCUGUAGCAUGUUUAACUGAGGCACAUGGUAAGAAAUUAUUAUUGUCAGCUACUGAUUGAUGGUUCGACUAAAAAUUUAAUAUAUAUGUAAACUAAUUCCAAAGCUACGUUCUACUAUAGAACAUCACCGAGCAACUUUAUGUAAAUCGUGCUAGACGCGUGAUCUUACCAUGAGCAUAGAGAAAUAAGCUUAGACUGCUUACUCUAAGCCUAUUUAUAAUAGGUUUUAAGCGAGAUUCAAACUUAUCAAUAAUAUGUUUUACCAUACCUCCCAAAUAACUUAUUAUUAAGUA